AUGUGGACACUCACCAAAUUGUAUCUCUCCUGCAACCAAAUCGGAGACGCAGGAGCACAACAUCUCGGCGAUACACUCACUACACUGGAUCUAUCGGGCAACAAAAUCGGAGCUGAAGGAGCAAAACAUCUUGGUGAUACACUACGACAUAACACAACACUCACCACACUGACUCUCGCGUGGAACAAAAUCGGAGAUGAAGGAGCACAACAUCUCGGUGAUGCACUACGAAAUAACACAACACUCACUACACUGCAUCUAUGGAGCACCGAAAUCGGAGAUGAAGGAGCACAACAUCUUGGUGAUGCACUACGAAAUAACACAACACUCACCACACUGAAUCUCUUUGAAAACCGAAUCGGAGCUGAAGGAGCACACCAUCUUGGUGAUGCACUACGAAAUAACACAACACUGACAACACUGGAUCUCUAUGACAACCGAAUCGGAGAUGAAGGAGCACAAUAUCUCGCUGAUGCACUACGAAUUAACACAACACUCACAACACUAGAUCUGUGGGGCAACAGAAUCGGAGAUGAGGGAGCACAACAUCUCGGUGAUGCACUACGAAAUAACACAACACUCACCACACUGGAUCUCAAUAGGAAUGGAAUCGGACAUGAAGGAGCACAACAUCUUGCUGAUGCACUACGAAUUAACAAAACACUCACUACACUGAAUCUCCACGACAACAAAAUCGGUGAUGAAGGAGCACAACAUCUCGGUGAUGCGCUGCGACAUAAUACAACACUCACCACACUGAAUCUCCAGCUCAACGAAAUCAGAGAUGAAGGAGCACAACAUCUCGGUGAUGCCCUGCGAAAUAACACAACACUCACCACAGUGGAGCUCGGACGUAAUGAAAUCGGAGAUGAAGGAGCACAGCAUCUCGCUGAUGCACUACGAAUUAACAUGACACUCACCACACUUGAUCUCCAUGAGAACAGAAUCGAAGCUAAAGGAGCACAACAUCUCGAUAAUGCUCUGCGAAAGAACAGGGUGGUACUUUAA